AUGUCUUUGGUUGUAGUUCCAGUCACAGUCACCGAGACGGCGAGUGAGUCCCUAGUGGUGAUCACCUCGACCAUCGCGGCGUCCGCUCUCUCUUCUAUCACAGGCGCGCCAACCUCGGCUGCCACUACAAGCUCUUCCCGUACUACAUCCAGCGAUCCUCUCAUCUCGUCAAGUUCUGAAAACGGCGCCACUUCAUCCUCUCCUUCUUCUCCAGCCACCAACUCGUCUUUUUCCACCAAUAGUCGGGCUCCAAUUGGAGCCAUCGUCGGAGGUGCGGUGGGAGGUGCGGCUCUGCUUGCAUUUUUGUUAUUCCUAGCCUGCCUCUACAAGCGACGUUCCAAUCAGAAAAAGAAGGCUGCCAACCCCUUCCCUGAUGACACAACCGAAAAGAGGCCCGCCGUCAUUGCGGGACUUCCUCCCAAACCCACAAACGCACAGCGUCCAGCUUCGGUAAACUACAGCAACUCGUUCUUCACGACGGAAGCCAAUUCGUCCAUGCCUUUGCUGGGCUCCGGUGCUGAUACCGGCACCGGCACCGAGAGAUCGUUUCACAGUGGCUCGCAGCUAAACGGUGCUGCCAUAUUGGACGGUCGUUCUAAUCACGUCCACAGACCUUCAACUACAUCUCUUGCCCCGAGCUUUGUCAUGGGCUCGUCGACCUCGUUUGCACAAUCCCAUGGCAGCCACUACGGGCAAUCGACGAAUGGCAAUCACAUCAACGGUCAUGAAAGCGCAGCUGUCCUCGCUGGCGCUUAUCCUGACGUGCACCGCACCGCCUACUACGAGCCGCACAUGUCUCCUGGCGUUGAUCCUCGAUCCAUGACUGCAGGUUCAGUUGCGGCGGCGUAUCACAGUGGAAGCGCUGUAUCCACGGCACAGAACUCGCCUGCUAACGCGCUCGGCCCUCAUACGCAUGCAGGCAGUUCAAACAUAUCUAGUCUGCCACUGGGUGCAGCGCCUUCCGACUACGCCGCUGUCAGCGAAGCAGCCCGAACGUACGGUAUACUUCAAAACGCUCACGUGGGUGAGCCGUCUUGGUCGAGUGCCGCUUCCCCCCAAGACGCCAGCAGUCGUCGAGGCUCCCACGUGAGUAUGAUGGCCAUGCCUCCAGCUGCAUCGGCACAAUUGCACGAUGAAGUCGAUCACCUUCAACCUCGCCGACCACCUGCUGCUGGCCUUCCCGGCUUCUCGUCGAAUCUGAACACAAUUCCUGGCUCAGUUGCAGUGUCCGAGCUGGCCAGCGCCGAGCACCAUUCGAUGCACUCCGCAGCGUUGAGCAGCUCAGGGGAACGCAGCAUCCCGCCUAGGCUUCCGUCGAUCCCCGCUUCGAGUCCGCUCAUGGUGCAGGGUUCCAACUCCUUCGCCCCGCUCACAUCCUUUCCAGCCAGGGAGGCGAUGCCAGCUGCAUACAAUACUUUCUCCCCUCGACUAACAGCUGAUCCAGGCACUGGCACGCAUCAAUCUAGCGACCCUUCGAACGGCGGAACAUUUAACAGCGAUGGUACUUACAACACUUACACUGGCGCCGUCAAGGGCCAACUGUGCGUCGUCGGUUCAUCGGAUGCGUACGAUCAAGGGCCCCCCACGAUCGCUGAAGAAGACGGUCAUGCCAAUGACCCAAGCCGGAACAUGAGCAGCGAUUCGCGAACCGGCCAUUUCUGGAUUGAUAACGAAGAACAGUCGGGUCUAGGAGCUGCAGGGAGACGUGUGGGUCGGCACUCGCCCAGUGGUAGCACGUCGAGUGUCAAUAAGACGGGAAGUCGGAUGAUUGAGAUGCUCGAUGUUGAUGAGCAACCGCAGAUGCCCGAUUUCUUGCCUGAAGCAAACGAGGUGCCCGAACAGACAGCGUUGCCGCCCACACGUCCUCCGUUUUGGAAGGAACGCAGCAGGUCAGCGCAGUCGAUCACCAAGGUCUUUCGCAGUUCGCCUCUGUUGAACGCCGGCCUUACGCCUGCUUCGAACGAUCGUCCCUCCGCGCAGACCACAAGCAGUCCAGGCGUCAGCGCCACCGCUUCUGCCAGCGAGCUUACUAGGCAACGCGUGGCCGAGCACAGACACCCGCCCUCUCUGGACCUCAGCGGGUUCGUUCACAGCUCGGCCAACCCGAUGCCGGAAUCGCCCAAGGCGGACGGAGAAGCCGAUAUGUGGAGGUCAAAGUCAAAGCCGACGAGCGGGCUGCGAAAGUGGACGAUGAAAAGGACUCCACAGCCAGGAUCCAAAGGCGGUAGCGCCGCCAAUGAGGUGGAUGUGGACCAGCUCUUUCGCUGA